GAAAAGAAAAAAUCCAUCUCAUUCUCUAUCCUCUGUUUCAAUACAAAGAAAUUCAAGAAAAUCUCAAAUGAUUCCAUGGAAGUAAGAUAGAUUGAAUCAAUCUCAUAAGAGCAGAAGAAAACCCACCUGCGGUUUUCCUGUUCUUUGGGCGUACGGGAAAACGCUUUCCUCUGUUUCUCUCUCCUACCUUGUUUUCCUGUACGCUCCAAUCUCUUCCUCCUCUCUCUCUCUCUUCAAUUCCACAAAAGGGUCUCUCUCUCCAGCCAUGAAAACCAAAACCCAUAUCUUGUUUUCUCUAAUCUUCCUCUCUUCAAGCUUCUUCGACCUAUCAACUGCUGUCUCUGCUGCUCCGAAAUCGUAUCUUUUGAAUUGUGGGGCUUCGGAUGCCGAGAGUAACGACGCCGAUGGUCGGAAAUGGUCUGGAGAUUUGGACUUAAAGUUCCUCCUCUCGCCAGAAAAUUCCGUCUUACAGAGAGCAGGAUUCCAAGACCCAUCGCUCCCGUCGGCGGUCCCUUACAUGACAGGGAGAAUCUUCACAAAGGAAUCGACAUACGCAUUCCCGGUAAAAGCUGGAAAGCGGCAUUGGCUCAGGCUCCAUUUCUAUCCAGCUUCUUAUGGGAACUUGAAUUCCACAGAUGCAUAUUUCUCCGUUGUCGCUGACGGCGUCACGCUGCUACGCAAUUUCAGUGCUGCUAUUACUGCACAAGCUCUAACGCUGGCUUACAUAAUCAGAGAAUUCUCUUUGAUUCCCACCUCAAGCAAUCUUAAUGUUACAUUCACGCCAUCCGACGAACACAAUGCUUCAUAUGCUUUCGUGAAUGGCAUCGAGGUGAUUCCGGUGCCAGAUAUUUUCGACACACCUGCAACAUUGGUUGGGUUCUCCGAUCAGGAGGUCGAUGUUGGAAGCUCAACCAUACAGACAAUGUAUAGAUUGAAUGUGGGUGGGCAGUUUAUACCAGCCACUAAUGAUUCCGGCCUUAGUCGGAUGUGGUAUGACGACUCGCCGUAUUUGUAUGGUGCAGCAUUUGGCAUCACAUAUUCAGGUGCCAGUGAGAAGGCUAAAAUCCAGUAUCCAGAGAAGAAGAUGGAGUAUGUUGCUCCUUUUGAUGUUUACGACACGGCAAGAUCGAUGGGGCCGGAUUCAAAGAUCAACAUGAAUUAUAACCUCACAUGGGCCUUUCAGGUCGACGGGAAUUUCAUGUAUGUGGUGAGAUUUCACUUCUGUGAGCUGCAAUUGGCCAAGGUCAACCAGAGAGUUUUUGAUAUUUACCUCAAUAACCAGACGGCGCAGGACGGUGCAGAUGUCAUUGCUUGGUCGGGGUCGAAGGGCGUGCCGGUUUAUAAGGACUAUGCACUGUAUGUUGCUGAUGAGCCUGGCGACGAGCAGUUGUGGGUUGCACUUCACCCCUCCGCCGAAGAAAAGCCCGAAUUCUAUGACGCAGUUCUCAAUGGGUUGGAGAUUUUCAAGCUGAAUGACACGAAUGGGAGCCUGGCGGGGCCUAAUCCAGUGCCAUCGCCAAUGCUCCUCGCGGCGGAAUCCCUGAUUGCAGGCACUGUGAAUGCGAAAUGGCGUCCAGGUGUAAUUAGCCGUGCUGCGGGAGGUGCAGCUGGAGUUGGGCUAGUGUUUGCCAUUUGCAUUGUUGUCUACCAACAGAAGAAGAGGAUCCCAGGCGAGGCUGGGAAUUCUGGCUGGUUGCCUCUGUAUGGCGGUUCGACUUCGCAUACAACAACAAGCAAGUCCACAAUCUCAGGCAAGAGCUGCACCAGCAGCCAUCUCUCGUCCCUGGCCGUGAGCCUUUCCAGGCAUUUCUCUUUCUAUGAGAUAAAACAGGGGACAAAGAACUUCGAUGAGUCCCUCGUCAUCGGUGUCGGAGGCUUUGGGAAGGUCUACAAAGGAGUGAUUGAUGGAGGGACGAAAGUGGCUAUCAAGAGAGCAAACCCAUCAUCGGAGCAGGGCAUCCACGAGUUCCAGACGGAGAUCGAGAUGCUCUCGAAGUUGCGGCACCGGCAUUUGGUCUCUCUGAUUGGAUACUGUGAGGAGAACGAUGAGAUGAUAUUGGUUUACGAUUACAUGGCGCACGGGACUUUGAGGGAGCAUCUAUACAAGAGCAAGGAGGCUCCUUUGUCAUGGAAGCAGAGGUUGGAUAUCUGCAUUGGAGCAGCGAGGGGUCUUCACUAUCUCCACACAGGCGCUAAGUACACGAUCAUCCACCGUGACGUGAAGACCACCAACAUCCUUGUCGAUGAUAAAUGGGUGGCUAAGGUGUCAGAUUUCGGGCUGUCAAAGACGGGCCCCAGCAUCGAUCAGACCCAUGUUAGCACUGUGGUGAAAGGAAGCUUUGGGUACUUGGAUCCUGAGUAUUUUAGAAGACAACAGCUGACGGAUAAAUCCGAUGUGUAUUCGUUUGGCGUCGUUCUCUUUGAGGUCUUGUGUGCCCGGCCUGCCCUUAAUCCGAGCCUCCCCAAGGAACAGGUCAGUCUUGCUGAUUGGGCCCUGCAUUGCCAGAGGAAGGGAAUUCUCUCCGAUAUCAUUGAUCCUCAUAUCAAGGACCAGAUCAAUGAACAGUGCCUGAAGAAGUUUGCUGAGACUGCAGAGAAAUGCCUGUCUGAUCAUGGUGUUGACAGGCCAGCAAUGGGAGAUGUGUUGUGGAACCUCGAAUUCGCUCUUCAAUUGCAGGAGAAUCCUGAUGCCGAUGGGAAAAUGGAUGAGAAUGGGUUGAUCAACCGCUCCAACACAGUUGGUAACGAUGCUAAUUCCUUUAGCAGCAAUACCAACAUGAGCACUGGAGGCGCGAGCGAGGCGAGCGAUGAUUCAGACCUGAAUACCAAUGUGGUGUUCUCUCAGCUCAUCAAUCCGAAGGGACGGUGAGGAUGGUUUCUCGAUCAUUCCGGUCUGGCCCAUCUUGCAACCAUUGAAGGAAAAGAAGAAGAUGCUGGUAAUGUGACUGUAAGUCGGCCCUCUUGCUAAAAUCAGAUAGGUCGACAACAAUGGGUGUGAAAUUCUCGAAAUAAAGAGGUUUUUUUUUUUUUGGGUACUUCAGAAGAAAAAAAAAGGGGUGGUGAUUGCUCUUUGGAUUCUGUAUUUUCUUCUAUUUCUUCCUUUUGAGUAUUUGUAUACCAGACAGCUCUUGAACCUGAUACUAACUUGUAUUGAAGAGUUCAAACAAAAACAUGUAUCUAUUAAACUUCA